AGGGUGGGGAGGGGCUGUUGUCCCAGCCCUGCUGCUUUAAAGUGCCACUUCACUCCAGCAGUACAGCCUCUGCUCUGCACGCUGACAAGAAGCCCUCCAGGAGAAGGCAAUUUUUAUUUCUUUUUGAAGUCUCCCAAGAGAACAAGACCUGUGGCUGCCACUGGAAUGAUCCUACAUUAGCCACAAGACCACCACCCCUCCCCAGCUCCAUCCCACCCACCACACCAUCCUUUGUGACGCGACCAGGGGCAGAGGACAGGACAGAGCUGCACGUUUUUCUUCUUCUCAGCACAAGCACACUCCACUUUGGUUCCAAGAUUCCUUCAGGCACAGCAGAAUGUUUAAGAAAGUCACCCAGGCUGUGGUGAAUCAGCUGGAUCCCAGGGGAGAUCUGGUCCCAGUCCACAGCAUCUUGGACCACGAACACUUCAGAACCUUCUGCCUAGUGAGAAGGAAAAGGAAAUCUGCAUUCUGCCCAUCCCCUGGCUACACACAGGCGUGGUACAGCCUCGAGGACGUGCUGCUGCCAGGAGAGGAUGAGAAAAGCCCAGGGUCCCUCCUCUCCCCCAGCCCAGGGGCUGAAGCCCUGAGCCAGUUCACAGUCAAACAAAGCAUCACUGACAGCAUCGAUGGCAGCCUCAGCAUCCACCUGGACAGCACCAGUGCUGAGCUGGGAGGAGCUGUGUCCCUGUCCAGAGGGUUGGACAUCAAGCUGGAGAAGAGCCACGUCCCCAUGCAAAUACUGGAGGCCUUGAAAAAAGAAAGAAAGCUGAACCAGAACCACUCCUUCAUUCAACAACUGCAGAAAACAAAGCAGAAUUUGUAUGUGGUUCAUGAAGCCAUAGCAGCCUCAGAGGAGACCAGCUAUGAGGAGUCCACUGGGGCAGAGGGGAGCUUCAUGGCCCAGCUUUAUGCCAAGUUCUGUGCAAAGGGCAGCAGAAAGAACAUCCAAAGCAUAACCAUCCCCAAGGGCUGCACCCUGGCCUUCAAGGCAAUCCAGCUGGCCAUAAGAGGUGGAUCGUGGGAUCUGCAGCAUUUCUCUGAAACACCAAAGAGAUCCAUAUUCUACUCUGAUGGUUUCUCACGAGGAAAAUUAGGAGCACUGGAGGCAGAAGUUAAACAGAACUGUGAAAUCCUCUCCCAGUCUCAUGAUCAGUCCCUCACAAUCUUAAAAGCCAUCAAAGCUGUGAUGAGAGACAGGAACCUCUUUCAAGAACUGAUGCAGAAAAUGGAAGCAGUUCUCUAUGAAACUGGCAGCUGUGAGCUGAAAACAGAAAGCCCAGACUUAAAAGACCUGUUGAGCAGCUUAGAGAAUUCUCCAAAACAUGAUCUCCUCAGUCUGGCAGGAGCCAUCACCUACACCCUGGAUGCACUGGAUGAGCUCACAGAGGAUCAGCUGCUGCUCCUGCUGGAGUCCUUGGAAGAGAAGAUUGUGUCCCAACAGCUGAAGCUGGUUGAGAGCAUUUUGGAGCAGGACAUAGCACACAGGAGGGGGCCUUUCAGACUGGAUGUCAGCUUGCUCUCCUUCACACGAGAGAAGGAAGAAAAAUUAACCACUGCAAUGGUGGAGAUGAGCAGAGUGAAGCUGCAGAAAGAUGGAUCUGCCACCUGUAUGGAGAAAGCUUUCUCAGCUGUAGCAGCCCUGUAUGUGUCCCUGUAUGUCCUCCAUCACCUGAGUAACUGAGGCCAGGCUACACACAUCCUCCCAGCAGGGAUGAUUUAAAGUGAGUCACUUGACCAUAUAUUUGAACCUCUUUAAGUGCAAGUCAGUUUCUCUCUCCAAACUUUACCCCUAGGCAGGUGAGGAAUUACUUAUUAACACCCAACACAGAUGUGAAAUGAGUAGGAAAGCAAACAGAAGGCAGGAAAGCUCCUCAUGGACACCAGAAGCCAGAUACCAAAACUGAGUUUCCUUUCCCCCACCAGGAAUGCAGAGUGCUAACUGAUAAACCCAUUAGCUUAAUAAACACAGUCCUGUCAGGUGUACUUUAGUAGCAACCCAGUUUUCCUAAUGAAUGCCAGUACACAGUUACUGACACGAUCAGCAAGAUAAAUUAGAAUUAAUAAGAAUAAAUUUCCCCUGGCCACACCUGCUAUUUGUGUGUGCCUCAAUAAGUGUUCCAAAGCUGUGGGAUCUCAGGGCAUUUUAACAACCUGAUAAACCAGUACCUCCAGCACACCACCACACACCCCACCAGCAAGGCAUAGAUCACAACAUUUUGGAACAUUGUAAGUACUUCCUUUACUGCUUUAGAAAUAAAGAGAAUUAAUUUCUUCCUGAAUAACUGGGCAUUCUUCAA